CUUUGAAGACUAACGAAGCGCAGACAUUUUUUCGGUUCUUUCUCUCUCUCUCUCUCUCUCUCUCACAGCCCGAGAGUCGCAGGCCUCAAUGGAUUACAAGCCUUUGGAGUCUGGAAGAAGAGAAGAGAGAGUAUAGGAAGCAGUGAAGUCUGUACUCUACUUUCCACACCCACGGUGAGCCUAACGCCAAAUGCUGUCUUCCGUUCAAAACCCUCGUCUCUUCCUCCUCCAAUGUCGAUUCCAUCUCCAUUUCCCGCCAAAACACCGGCAGUUCCACAGGUCCGCAGUUGUUCGCGCGUCGCAGAUGGUCACCGAGCCUCAACCCCAGGCUUUUACUUACCCACCCUCUUCUGAGAUCCUCUCAAUCCGUAAAUCCCUCCUAUCUCGCCAGAGAAGAGCUGUCGAAAUCGCCCAAGACUACUUGAAUCGGUUGCGACAGAACGAGCCACAAAUUCGAAGCUUUCUCCAUGUUUCUGAGGAUGUAAUGAGGGAAGCGGAAGCAAUUGAUCGGAAAAUUGAGCGGAAUGAGGAAUUGGGUCCGUUGGCAGGUGUAUUGGUGGGAGUUAAAGAUAAUAUGUGUACUGUUGAUAUGCCAUCGACGGGUGGUUCCCGGAUUCUAGAGGGUUAUCGACCAGCUUUUGAUGCCACGGCGGUUAAGAAGUUGAGGGAUUCAGGGGCGAUUAUUGUUGGGAAGACCAAUUUGGAUGAAUUUGGGAUGGGAAGCACUACUGAAAGUUCUGGUUUUCAGGUGACUGCGAACCCUUGGGAUACAUCGAGGGUACCUGGAGGAUCAUCAGGUGGCUCCGCUGCAGCUGUUUCUGCAAGGCAAUGUGUAGCUUCUCUGGGAAGCGAUACUGGUGGAAGUGUAAGGCAACCAGCAUCUUUCUGCGGUGUUGUUGGACUGAAGCCAACCUAUGGCCGUGUUUCAAGAUUUGGGCUUAUGGCAUAUGCAUCGUCUUUGGAUGUCAUUGGGUGCUUUGGUUCAUCUGUUGCUGACACCGGGAUUUUUCUCAAAGCAAUUUCUGGUCAUGAUAGAUUUGAUGCCACUAGUAGUAAGCGUGAGGUUCCUGACUUUUGUUCUCAGUUCAUUUCCAUGGAACCUAUAGAAUCUAAACCAUUAAAGGGACUGAGGGUGGGAGUGAUCAGUGAAACUCUCGGUGAUGGUGUUGACAUGGGAGUAAUAUCCUUGAUUCAAGCUGCUGCUUCACAUUUGGAGGAGUUAGGAUCCACAGUGACAGAGGUGUCAUUGCCUUCCUUUUCUCUUGGAUUACCAGCCUACUAUAUUCUAGCUUCUUCUGAAGCAUCUUCCAAUUUAUCACGUUAUGAUGGUGUAAGAUAUGGAAAACAGAUUGCUGCUGAAGAACUUUCCUCACUUUAUGGGGAUUCUCGAGCAAAUGGGUUUGGUCCUGAGGUUAAAAUGAGGAUUUUAAUGGGAACAUAUGGUCUUUCAGCUGGUUAUUAUGAUGCAUACUACAAGCGUGCUCAGCAGGUGAGGACCUUGGUUCAGAAAAGCUUCAAGGAAGCCCUGGAUGCAAAUGAUAUCCUUAUUUCGCCUGCAGCACCAUCCGCUGCCUAUAUGAUAGGUGAAAAGAAAAAUGAUCCAUUAGCAAUGUAUGCGGGUGACAUCAUGACUGUCAAUGUGAACUUAGCAGGGUUGCCUGCAUUGGUUCUGCCAUGUGGAUUUGUUGAAGGGGGAUCUGCUGGUCUUCCUGUUGGUCUUCAAAUGAUUGGUGGAGCAUUUGAUGAGGGGAGAUUGCUCGAAGUUGGACAUAUCUUUGAGCAGACUCUUCAGGGUUGCAGAUUUGUCCCUCCAUUAGUUGCAGACGGCUAGCCAUCCAUGGAACUUCAUUUGUAUGUGAAGAAAAUUGAGACCAAUUUCAAGGUGAGGGGAAAUUGCUCACUUCAGCUAUAUCUAUGAGCCAGACUCUUAAUGGUUGUAGAUUUGUGGCAGGUAGCUUUGAAUGCAGACUAUAUUGAGCUUCAAUCCUGUGUGUGGUGGAUGCCAAAGCAAGUAUUUUGAGGUUUUGGAGAUGGGUCCCUUCAGACUUCAGUGAUUGGAAAUUUUGGAAACUGCAUCAUGACAUAUUUGAUAGUGGUUGUCAGCAGGCUAGACCUGCCAUUUUGAAUUGAUCUUGCUUCUCUUUCUCUCCCUUGAUGGCAGUUUUCAGUUUUUGCGCAUUAAGCCACAGGUCAGCUAUGGUGGCUGGUUCUUGUUAGAGUCCAUUGCUGGGGUUUUAUUUAUUUAUUUGUUUUUUUCUCAAGAAACAUUGGUGGCUUUUUUGUUGAACAGGAAUAUAGAUUUAACUUUGAAUUUCCACUCAUUUGUAGAUGGAUUAAAACUUUGGUGGUGUGCUUCUAUUUGAGAUAAAAUUGUUACUUACUGGA